AUUAUAAACUGUUUGAAAAUAAACAGUUUUCCAAAAUCCAAAUUUUUUAUUUACGAACUGACAUCAUGCCGUCUGUGGAUCACGUGGUGCACCAUGUGCUGGCCCCCAUGGCAAUCGAAGCCCUCGAUUGCAUAGUGCCUGUUAUCCGCCACCUGGUGAUCAUCCUGCAUGAGUCCUUCCUCAUUGAUCACAAGGAGCCGGAGCCCGUGAUCGAUGUGUCCGGCAUGAUUCAGCCCGUCCGUAAAAUAGUCCUGAUCGUAAACGAUCCUACGCCGGAGCACCAUGCCGAUCAGCAGACGGUUGUCAGUUCGGAUGAUCUCCGCGGCUUGUUGGGUGGAUUCUCGCGGAGCAUUCGGAACCUGGCCCGUUCGACGUAUGACACCAUCUCGGCGCUGGCCGACUAGCUGGAGUGAGGAGCCCCCGAACUAAUUGUCAGGCUGGUCGAUAGAAAAACUCAAAAUCGAUCCAACUGAUCCUCCAGAUGAUCUUGUUGCGGUUGUUCCUUGAGCCAUGGAUACGGUGCACCCGGCAAUGGCUGCUCCCGACUUUUGGUGGUUACCUGCUCGCUUACGCAGGUGGCUGGCCGGGUCUUGCACCAAUCCCGUGGUCCUGUGGCCGAUCCGCUGACGGCCGUCGAACAUCCCUUGGUCUAAGGCGAUCGCAUGGAUUUCGCCUGUUCCGUGGUUCAAAGUAUUGAAAGCUGCCCAAGUUGGGGAGUGAUCUGAAGUCCGGGAACACCUCCACAGAUGAGGAGAAGACCAAAAAGGACUCGGAGCCGACAGCUGGAAAACGAGAAACACCGCCUGCGGCAAAUCCGCCGGAAGAGGAGUAAGAUCCAGCCAGGAAUGGAAAUCAGUCAGCUUUGAUAUCCAAAUUUUAAGUAGCCUUCACUUCACUUUUUUGUCGGCUUUGUGUGAUUCCAAACCAACAGAGCUCAUUCAUUUUCUUUUGUAAAAUAAAAAAAUAAAAUACGAAAACUUAAACAUAAA